AUGUCUGGUCCAGCUCGAGAAGCGCUCAAUGUGCUCUAUGCAAACACUCUACGUACCUCGCAAUCCUUUGCGUCAUACAAUUUUCGCAACUAUUUUGUUCGAAGGACCAACGACCUCUUCAAAGCGGCACAAUCUGAGCAAGACUCGACCAAGCUCGAUGCUUUCAUAAAGGAGAAGAAGAAGGAGCUAGAGGUUCUCAAGCGUGCCGCGACGAUUAAUCAGAUGUUCGGCGGACGAAAACUCGUCGUAGAGACCGAAGAAGACGUAUCCUUGUCCGAUAAGACGCCUGAUAAAAUGGAAAGAAGCGACUCGUGA